AUGGUUCAGGGAUCACUGACAUUCAGUGAUGUGGCCAUAGGCUUCUCUCAGCAGGAGUGGGAAUGUCUUGACCUCAUUCAGAAGACUUUGUACCGGGAUGUGAUGAUGGAGAACUAUGGUAACUUGGUCUCACUGGAUUUGGACUCAAGAUAUGAAAUAAUCAGCAAUGGAAAAACAUACAUUUAUACAAAACGUUCAUCUCUUACUCUACAUCACAGAAUUGAUAAUGGAGAGAAACCAUAUGAAUGUAAGGAAUGUGGGAAGGCCUUUAGUCGUCAUACAGACCUAAGAGUACAUCACAUAAUUCAUACUGGUGAGAAACCAUAUGAAUGUAAGGAAUGUGGCAAGGCCUUUAGUCGUCAUACAGACCUAAGAGUACAUCAAAUAAUUCAUACUGGUGAGAAACCGUAUGAAUGUAGGGAAUGUGGCAAGGCCUUUAGUCGUCUUACAGACUUUAAAGUACAUAAGAGAAUUCAUACUGGUGAGAAACCCUAUGAAUGUGAAGAAUGUGGGAAGGCCUUUAGUCGUGCCUCAAACCUUGCUCAACAUGGAAGAGUUCAUACUGGUGAGAAAUCCUAUGGAUGUAAGGAAUGUGGGAAGGCCUUUAGUGACGUUGGAACACUUAGAAUACAUCAGAGAAUUCAUACUGGUGAGAAACCCUAUGAAUGUAAGGAAUGUGGGAAGGCCUUUAGUCAAGCCUCAAACCUUAUACAACAUGACAGGAUUCAUACUGGUGAAAAACCCUAUGAAUGUAAAGAUUGUGGGAAGGCUUUUAGUCAUGCUUCACAUCUUGUUAGACAUGAGAGAAUUCAUACUGGUGAGAAACCCUAUGAAUGUAAGGAGUGUGGAAAGACUUUUAGGAGUAGCCAUCAACUUACUAUACACCACAGAUUUCAUACUGGUGAGAAACCCUAUGAAUGUAAGGCAUGUGGGAAGGCGUUUAGUGUGUAUGGACGCCUUACUCGACAUCAGAGUAUUCACAGUGGUGAGAAACCUUUUGAGUGUAACAAAUGCGGGAAGUCCUUUAGGCUCAGUUCAAGCCUUAAAGUACAUCAGAGUAUUCAUACUGGUGAAAAACCCUUUGAAUGCCACAAAUGCGGGAAGUCCUUUAGACUUAGUUCAAUGCUUAAGGUACAUCACAGAAUUCAUACUGGAGAGAGACUUUAUGGGAUAUAUGUAUAUCGACGAGGUGUCUUCGACUUCGGGCCUCUUUUCCGUGUCCCUUGUUGCGCGCUGCGCGAGUGGCACCCGUCCGAGGAAGGAACCGGCGUGGGUCGCCGCGGAAACGACUGUGCAGACAGAUCUGUGACAUUCAGGGAUGUGGCCAUAGACUUCUCUCAGCAGGAGUGGGAAUAUCUUGACUCUGUUCAGAAGAACUUGUACCGAUAUGUGAUGAUGGAGAACUAUGGUAACUUGGUCUCACUGGGACAUUCCAUUUCUAAGCCAGAUGUGAUUACAUUAUUGGAGCAAGGGAAAGAGCCGUGGAUGGUUGUGAGAGAAGAAACAAGAAGAUGAUGUACAGAUUUGAAGUCAAGGUAUGAAAUAAUCAGCUAUAAAAAUGUCCACAUUUAUAAAAAAUAUUCAUCUCUUACUCUACAUCAGAAAAUUCAUACUGGUGAGAAACCGUAUGAAUGUGACAAAUGUGGGAAGGCCUUUAGUCAACACACAGACCUUACAGUACAUCAGAGAAUUCAUACUGGUGAGAAGCCUUAUGAAUGUAAGCAGUGUGGAAAGGCCUUUAAUCAUGCAUCCAACUUGCUGCGACAUCAGAGAAUUCAUACUGGUGAAAAACCCUGUAAAUGUGAGGAAUGUGGAAUGACUUUUAGUCAUAGGAUAGAACUUAGAGUUCAUCAGAGAAUUCAUACUGGGGAGAAACCCUAUGAAUGUGAAGAAUGUGGGAAGGCCUUUAGUUGUGCCUCACAUCUUACUCAACAUGGCAGAGUUCAUACUGGUGAGAAAUCCUAUGUAUGUAAUGAAUGUGGAAAGACCUUUAGUCAAGGUAGAAGAAUUAGAAUACAUCAGAGAAUUCAUACUGGUGAGAAACCCUAUGAAUGUAAGGAAUGUGGGAAGGCCUUUAGUCAAGCCUCUCAUGUUGUGCAACAUGGUAGAGUUCAUACUGGUGAAAAACCUUAUGAAUGCCGUGAAUGUGGGAUGAUCUUUAGUCGUGGUAUAGAUCUUAGAGUAUAUCAUAGAAUGCAUACUGGCAAGAAACCCUUGUAACAAACAAGGGUUUGUUACAAGGGUUUCAAAUGUAAGGAAUGUGGGAAGGCCUUUAGUCAUGCCUCAAAUCUUGUUCAACAUGAGAGAAUUCAUUCUGGGGAGAAGCCCUAUAAAUGUAAGGAAUGUGGGAUGACAUUUAGUUCUGGCUAUCAACUCAUUCCACAUCAGCGAAUACAUAUUGUCAUGAAACCCUAUGAAUGUAAUGAAUGUGGGAAGGCCUUUAGUCAUGCUUCAGCACUUAUUCAACAUGAGAGAAUUCAUACUGGUGAGAAACCCUAUAAGUGUAAAGAAUGUGGGAAGGCCUUUAUUCAUGGUGGAAGCCUAAGAAUGCAUCAGAGAAUUCAUACUGGUGAGAAAACUUAUGAAUGUAAAGACUGUGGGAAGGCCUUUAGUCACACCUCAAACCUUGACAGGCAUGAGAGAAUUCACACUGGUGAGAAACCAUGUGAGUGUAAAGAAUGUUGGAAGGCCUUUAGUCAUGUUGAAAGCCUUAAAAUACAUCAUAGAAUUCACACUGGUGAGAAACCGUAUGAAUGUAAGGCAUGUGGGAAGGCCUUUAGUGUGUAUGGAUGACUUACUGGACAUCAGAGUAUUCACAGUGGUGAGAGACCUUUUGAAUGUAACAAAUGCGGUAAGUCUUUUAGGCUUAGUUCAAGCCUUAAAGUACAUCAGAAAAUUCAUACUGGAGAGAAAACUUAUGAAUUUAAGGACUGUAGAAAAGCAUAUAUAUGCAGUAGAGAAUGUAUAGUACAUCCAUACAUUUAUAACGCUGGGAAAAAUUUUGAAUGA